AUGACUUCAAAAACCCUAGAAGCCAAGGCUGGAGGCUUGAUUGAUGGGGGUCCGAAAGUGGGUUCUGGAAGUGAACCGGCUUCGGAGGGGAAGGGGAGCUCUAGGGCUGAGAUUGACACCUCGGCGCCGUUCGAAUCGGUGAAGGAGGCGGCGAGUCGAUUCGGUGGGAUGGGUUUUUGGAAACCCACCUCUCAUAAGCCCUCUGAACAUGUCCAUGAGCUUGGUGAUGAAAUAGUUGACAUUGCACAAAUAGAGGAACAAGCUGCACAGUUGGAAAGGGAUCUGAUUGUGAAAGAAAGGGAAACACUCAAUGUUCUCAAGGAACUGGAAACCACUAAGAAUAUUAUCGAAGAUCUGAAAUCAAAGCUGCAGAAAGAAGCAUAUGAAAUCGAAGCAACCCUCGCUGCAAAUUCAGGUGAUACCAAGGUGAACUCUGCUUCUGCUGGCAUAUUUGAAAAGGAAAGUCGUGAAAGCAGCUUGAAUGUUCAUCAGGAUAGGAUUGGCUGUUUGGACAUGUAUCCUUCCUUGGCUCCAGGCUUCAUCCUACUGGAACUGAAACAGGCUAAACUAAACUUAAUGAGGACUUCUAAUGAUCUUGCAGAUAUUCAAGCUACAGUUAACCUAUAUAACAGGAAAAUCGAGAAAGAGAGAACGUCGCUUCAGAAGACUCGUCAAAGGUUGUCUACAAGUACCUCAAAGGUUUCGUCUCUCGAGGAAGAAUUAAUCCUUGCAAAACAGAAACUACAGCUGGUAAAAGACACUGAGGACCUCGGUAGAUCUCAUGAUCCCUUGGAUGUCGCAAGAGAGCUAGAAAAGCUAAGUUAUGAGGCAGAACAAUUUAAGAAAGUGGGAGAAGCUGCAAGAUUAGAAGUUUUAAGGGCAACGUUUAAGAUUGAACAGACAAAAACUAGGAUUAAAACUGCUGAGACAAGGUUGGUAGCUGCUAAAAAAAUCAAGUCAGCAGCAAAAGCUUCUGAAGCUGUGGUUCUUGCAGAAAUCAGAGCAAUAUCAAAUGGUGAAAAUUCAUAUGCAUAUUCGAAGCAGAAGUCAGGAAGUGUAACUCUUACUCUUGAGGAAUACUCAACCCUAAUUUCCCGAGCUCGAGAAGUGGAGGAAGCUUGUAAAGGGAGGCUAAUGGAUGCAGAAGUUCUAGUCAAUGAAGCUAAUGUGUCUAAAACAGAAAUCUUGAAAAAGGUUGAAGAGGCGACUGAAGAAGUUAAAAUUACCAAAGAGGUCUUGGAAGAAUCGUUGAAUAGAGUGGAGGCGGCAAAUAAAGCUAAAUUGGCAGUUGAAGAGGCACUCCGGAAAUGGAGAUCUGAGCGUGGUAAGAAAAGACGUUCUGUACAUAACUCUAUGAGGGGGGAGCAAAACGAAGCUUAG